UUUCUAACGAGUUCUGGAUUAGGAGGCCUCCUGGAACCUUAAGUCCUGAUCAGAUCUGAAACCUGGGACCAAAAAUAAAAGACCAAAAAGAAAAAAGAAAAAAAGAACCUGCAGUUGAAUAUAAUGAGCCUGGAUUGCAGGUCAGCUUUCUUUUCACAAGGAAAUACCAUUUCUGCCGCUGAUGAACUCAUAACUGAUAACAUGUCUGACUCAGCUGAUUGCUCAGAAGAUGACUUAAUCAACAUUACUUUUGAAGUCUGCAGCACUAAGGAAACAGGAGCAGUACCUGCAUCGGGUCUUAUAAAAUAUUUGGAAGAGAUAACGGGACAUAGCCCUGAGAACAGUAGACUGCUCUUGCUUUACAACAUGCUGGACCCUGAAAGACGCAAUGUUCUUGUUGGCAGAGAAACAUUUUAUGCUACUAUGAAAAAAUGGAUUGCCAUAUGCUGUCAGGACUGCAUUUCAGAAAGUGAAGCUGAUAAGAACAGAACUACCACCAGUGGAAAUUUACAGUACAAUGACAUGUUCUUAUCUGAUGAAGAUGCUGAGAUAUUUGAAGGAAGAGCUGAUGAUUCUGAAAUGGCUUUUGACUUGCACAGCAGUGUUGAAGAGUUAAAAUAUAUGAAUCGGAAAAUGACUGAGAAAUUGCUAGGAGUGCAAAAAGUAAUGGAGGUGUCUGAGGAAACCUGUCUGCAAUUGACAGAUGAUGUUGUGAAGCUAAGAGGCAGACUAACAAGCAUGCAGAAACCUAUAGGAAACAUCAAGUACAUAUGCAAUGAACUGGAAGACACCAAGAGUAAAAUGGCAAACUUGCAUGAAGGAAAUAAUGUAAUUUGUGGAUGCAUCACAAGUCUGCACACAAAGACCCAGGAAGAAAGAAGUACUACUCUCUGUGAAGCUUUAUUACAUCCGCAUUCACAGGAGCAUUUCCAAAACUUCUUACAGGAACUAAAAUCUCAAAAGAAUAGCAUGUUUCAAGCCCUGAUGGAAGAAAUUGAGCUGAAGCAAAAAAUGGGUCACUCGCUAAUAAUUGUAAUACAGAUGUUGGCCAAUUUAUGCCCAUUCAUGGAGACUUGGAACCAAAUGCUAAAGAGAUUAGAAAUGUUUCUUGAAGGCCCACAGCUUUGGGCAAAAUCAGCUUGCUGUAAUAAUGUUGAAAUUCAGAAGACCGAAGAAUUGGGUGAAACAAAUGAAUGCUUAGAACAAAGUACAGUAGAAGCAAAAAUCCCCAGUUCUACAAUAAGUGACCAUUGCUGCUUUGAGAGGACAAAAACCAGUGCUUCCAAAUGUCAAUUUGGAACCUUUUUAAACAAAACAGCUUUGCAAAGUGUAGGUGCAGUCUCCUUCAAUAGUCAGAUGUUCACACAAACCGACCAAAUAUCAGAAGUACCUCAGAUUUGGGGGAAAAUAUUAGAAGCAGGGGGGAAAUUGGGUAAUCCAGAAGAAAGACUGGAAGUCAUAUUGGAAAUUGCUAGGUCUCUGGCAAAAGACACAAAUAAGGAGCUAGAAGGGGGGAAAGGGUCAAAUAAGCAUAUUUCAGAACAUAAAAUUCAGUUUGAACAAAAGAAGGAGAAGAUGGCUGCCAGUGCAAAACUGAAAGAGUCUGUUCUUAGAAUUCUGAGAGAACUCCGUGAAGGUGUAUCAGCAAGCAGUGUGACAGACCUACAGAUUAAUGCACUUCAAUUGUGGAUUUCUGAAGAUGAGGGAAAACUGAUCAAGAGAUAUUCAAAAGAAGCAAGUGACAAUUCUAGAAUGGAAGGGACAAUGUCAAAAUUAUCGCAGAGCACUGCUUGCUGUGAGUCAACACCUGUGUUGCCACCAUAUUUUCCCUUCUUGACCAGCCUCAAAUGCUACUUUGAUAAUGACAAUUCCAAGCUUCAGACAUCACUAAUAGAAGCACUGAAUUUAGAACAUACUUCGACUGAAAAGAGAUGUUGUCGGACAUUUCCUUACCAGCUCUUGGGCCAGAGACCAAGAUCCAAAGAAAAUCUGUUAAACAAGAGAAGGCAUACCUAUAAAACAGAACAUGGGAGAAACAAUAAAAGAACACUUGAGGUCAACAGUCAGGCCAGCAUUGAAGAUGGAAUAAAGCACCUUCACUCUAAGCCUUUGUCAACAUAUUCAGCUGUGACUCAGAGGCCUCUGGAUCAAAAGUCUCCUCCGUGCUUAUCUUCAGAGGUUAACUGGAAGCAGACGUUCCCAUCAGUGCGUGGUCUUCUUAGUCCACAGUGCAGUCCAAAGUGUCCUUCACUUCCCAUCAUGCCAACCCUACCCGAAGAUGUGGGACAACCAACUGAGGCCCAUCACUCCAUUUUGCCUGCUCCAAUCAAAGAAUCCCCUGCUGAAGCAGCAACAUGCAGCACACCUCAAAUAGUUCUUCCAGAAAAUACAAUUAUUCCAGAUGCGGAAAGAGAGAAAAAUCUAGCUUUCAGACCUGUUAGUCCUAAUCUGCGGCAUUCUAACAGACAUGCUAGGACGUCAGCUAGCUCGCUGACCUCUGUAGACAAUGCGGGCCAUGUGAUUGACCUGGUGAAUGACCAGUUGCCAGACGUUAAAAUAUCUGAUGAAGAUAAAAAGAAGAAUCUUGAGUUAUUAGAAGAAGCAAAGAGAGUGAGUGAGAGGUUCCUCUCACGAAGAGGAAGAAAAUCCAGAAGCAGCCUUUCAGAAUCUCCCACAGCCAUCUCCCCAACGCUUAGUCCCAGUGUUUCACCUGCACCAUCUCGGAGCAACUCUUUCACUCUUCCAAGCCCAACAGGUUCUGAUAUAUCCACAACUGGUUCAUUGACUUCAGCACAGAAUGCCACAAAUGGAUUAACUGAUCAAAAGCAAAAUGAUCAAGGAAAGGUUUCUCAGGGAAGAUUGGUUCCUCAUACAACUAGUUUUGAAAACCCAAAGGAUAAGCUGUCUGAACAAAAGGAGAACUUUGAUCCACAUAAACCUAUGGAUAAUCUGUCCAAAUCCUGCACUUCAGGUACCAACACUUGCAGAAUAUCUCUCAAUAGCAGCACUAACAUCUGUGCAAAUGAACUAGGAAAACUAUUCACUAAAAAAACAAAAGAAAACAAUUUUCCUUUCAAAGGCCAUUUACAAGUACCAGGGAUGGUUACACUGGACCCAAAGUCAAAGGGUUCAGCACCACUACCUAAGGAUUCAAAAGUUUCUUGUAAAACUGAACUUAAUACAUCUGGUAGUCGCCCUCCCCUACUACGGGCUGUGUCAUGGGAUCAUGUAGAAUCUGCAAAUACAGAAAAGGCAUCUUUUAAAACACCAUCUGAAGAUGAUAAAAACUUUGCCAUUAGUAAUAAAUCCAGCAACAAUGCAACUAAAUCAUCAGCAUUCAAAGACCUCCAAAUACAAGUUCAACCUGUUCGAAUGCAGAAAUUGACAAAGCUCAGAGAGGAGCACAUAUUGAUGCGGAAUCAAAAUUUAGUUGGACUUAAACUUCCUGACCUCAGUGAAGCUGCUGAACAGGAAAGAGGGCCUUCACCAGUCCCUUUCUUAUUGGAGGAGGAGGAAGAGGAGGAGGAGACUGCCACAAUAAAGAAUCGAUGUGAUGUCAUGCCCAACGUUUCUGAUAUUCUUUUACGAAAGCUACGUGUGCACACAUCUCUUUCAGAAAGCUCUCCUCCACUUACUGAGAAAGAGAUUGAGAAUGUAUUUGUACAGCUUUCAUUGGCUUUCAGAAAUGAUAGUUAUACUUUGGAAUCAAGAAUUAACCUGGCUGAAAGGGAGAGAAAUCUUGCUGAGGAGAAUACAGAGAAGGAAUUGGAGAACUUUAAAGUAGCUAUUACGUCUUCAGCUUCCUUAUGGCAUCACUCUGAGCACAGAGAGAUGUAUCAGAAGUUGUUGGAGGACAUUGCUGUGCUGCAUCGUUUGGCCUCUAGAUUAUCCAGUCGGGCUGAGAUGGUUGGAGCUGUUCGCCAGGAGAAACGCAUGUCAAAGGCCACUGAAGUUAUGAUGCAGUAUGUAGACAACUUAAAGAGAACAUAUGAAAAGGAUCAUGCUGAGCUCAUGGAGUUUAAGAAACUUGCCAAUCAAAAUUCUAGCAGAAGCUAUGGAUCCCCUGAAGAUGGUGUGCCUCGUACAUCUAGAUCCAUGUCUCUUUCUAUUGGAAAGAUGCCUCGGAGAAGAGUCAGUGUUGCUGUUGUUUCCAAAUUUGAGCUCCCUGGGCAGUCACCAGUCACAUCGCCUAUACCUUUGAUGCCAUCUCUGUCAGAGUCAUCAAAUGGAAGAAGCAAUCUGACAUCAACAACAGUCUUACCAGCAGUUAUAGAGAAUGGAAAAUCAAUUGGGGACCCUGACGGUGAACCUGCUCCUUCAGUGCCAAUACAGAGCAGCUUGGAAGAGAUCAACCCAGAGACAAAAGCCAAAAUAGAAGAGGAAGCUUAUAACAAAGGUUAUCAGGAAGGCUUAAAGAAAACUAAAGAACUUGAGGAACUGAAAGAAGAUGAUGAAGAGAAAAUAGAUGAAAGCCCUAAUGAAUGUAAAGCAGGUGAAAGUGAUGAUGAAAUCAGCAAGCAACGCAGCAAACUUGAAGUUGUUAUCCACUAUGUACAAAUACUGUAUCCCAAACUGUAUAAACACUGGAACGUGCUCUGGAUUGUAGCAGCCAUUAUCGUCAUUUUUGCAGUGGUGCUGGGAAUCUCCAGUUUAUACAAUUACUUCUCCUCCUGUACCGAGGUAUCAGAUGGGCCACAAGUGAAAGCUGCCUGUUCUGCUGUCCAGCAAUACUCCUGGUGGAACUCAGGAUUGCAGCGUGACCAGCACACAGAAUAAUGAAAUCAUGAAUGGGGAGUGGGGAGCCAUUUACAAUACACUUGUAAGCAUACAUUUUAAAAUUGAGGUGCACAAAGCAAGUAGCACUUUGUUAGUUUUAUGGUGGUUAAAUAUGAUCAGUAACCCACUGUUCAAUCUGCUCUGUGCCAUCAGAUUUGUGUAUGCAGUGUACUUUUAACUAGCCAGACACAACAACCAAUAAAUGCUGUUCUCUUUUUUAUGAUAAUUGUCAUUUGAUGCUGUACCUGAAUACAGGUGGCCCUCGUCACCCAGGGUUCUGGCAACCAUGGUUUUGCGUAUCUGCGGACGGGUCGUAGAGACCAAAUUUCUUUAUCAAUAGUGUAAAAAUAGGCUAAAAUUUGCCUAUUUGAAGAGUGGCUGGAAAUGACUUCCAUUGUCACGUCUGGCUGCCAUUUUAGAGCACAGAGCCAUUUUUUAAAGACCAAUUUUUUGCUCAAAAUUCAGCUGAUUGGGGGGGAGGGGUUGGGAGCAUUUCUAGAGCCCUGGAGAGCAAGGUACUGUGCAUUUCUACUCUUAUUUCUACCCCCUUCCCACUUGUUUGGUGGUUCCCCCCCCCCAGUUCAGAACUUAACCCCCCAAUUCCCAUAGAGAAGGUUUCGUUAUUUGUGGUUUCCGUAUUCACGGCUAUAGGUGAGAACGGAGCCACUGCAAAUAAAGAGGGCCACCUGUAUCAGCACAAUCACAAGAGUAUAAAGACAGUGUUUGACCAAAAAAUCUAGGGCAUUGACACUUAGGACUUCAUUGGUGGGACUUGAACUCCAGUACUUCUGAAGAAAGUCAUCUAUGGCCUUCCUUCUAUAUAAAUAUCAUUUUGGGUCUGUUCAAUAAUUUUUAAGUCAUAGUUACAAUAACUUGGAGACUUGUAUUCCACAAUUGUAAGGAGUGAGCAAAGAAAAACUGAGAACUAUUUAAGAUAUAAUGUCCUGUCUCUGAUUGGCUUCCCAUUUGUCAGAACAGGCCCUCUUUAUAAUGUGCACUUCCAGCCUGUGUCACUUGGUUUUGCAAGUAUGGUGGGACAUACAGGCAUUCUCAUGCAGCCCAUCUUGUGUACAGAGGGCCUGUUCAAUGUGAAACAGUCCCCUGAUAUUACACAAUGUGCCACACCAUGGUUGAUAUCGGCUCACAGCAAAGUACAGCAAUCUCAAAGCACCACAUUCCAUGUAAAUAUGCAAUGCAAGUGCCAAACUAGACACUGCAAGGGAAACAAGAUUCCAGAUCCUAGGUUUCCCUCAUAAUGCUGCUGCAGGGAAGAAUUGGUGAAUAAGAAAAGUGCUUGACCCUUGCCAGUUUUCAACCAGGCCACUUGUAAUAUUUAUUAUUAUUAUUAUUUUAUUAUUUGUUACCACCAAGCAUGGUUCUGAAUCCAGAAAUGAACCCCAUUUGCAAGGGAACCACCUCAGAGGAGAACUGAGUGUAAGAGGUGUUAAUUAUCUUGGUGUUUCAUUUAUUCUGUUUUCAUUAUCUUGGCAAAGGCAGGUUUGGAAAUAUCUAAUAGUAGUGUGCACGGACCAGUCCGGGGCCAUAGAAAAGGCCUCCGGACCGGUCCAGAAUUCUGGCGGUCUGGCGGGGGCGAGUGUGUCUUUAAGGGGGGGCGGUAAUACUCCCCCCCGCCACCGCCGCUCUUCCCCCUCCGGUGCUGGACUUUCCAAAAAUGUUCUUGGGGGCGACAGAGUUCCUCCCUGCCGCCCCUGCCCCCGUCAUUGUCUGCAAAGGGUUAAAGUAGAAAAAGCUGGUGGCGCACAUGCGCCCUUCGCGGUGCACGCGCUCGUCUCCGCUGCUGGCACGCGUGCCGCAUUAAAUCAAUGUUUAGAACUAAAGGAAGUUGGAAGGAGGUGUUGUGGUGUGUGUUUGGUGCUUCUCUGACUGCCUGACAGGUAUCAAUAGACCUGACAGAAUUUAAAUUAUGAAAGUAGCAAAGCUCAGGCCUUUAAUGAGUCCUAUGACGGUCAAUAAGAUUUGCUUUCUAAAAAAAAUUGCUUGGAAUUGGUGUGAAAGGGCUUCUGAGAGUUCAGACAUUCCUUCUGAGUGCCCUCACCUCCCCCACCCCGCCAGCCACUAGGGUAUAAACCACACAAUGUGUAACCUUGCCCAUUCAUAAAGCAUUUUUCAUAUCUGUGCUUGCACCGUUUAGCCUUUUGUGCAACUAUCUAACAUUCAUUGGUGUUCAGAAGGAAUAGAAUUCCUCUUGUAUUGCUAAUGGAGGCACUAAAGGUAAAGAUAACUUUGUGGAAGGUUUUUGCAGAUGGGUAUCUUAAGUAGUCUGAUGAUUAAGAAACAUCAUAGCAGAGUAUUGAACAAAAUUCAGCACUGGAGGCAUUCUACUUACCAGCAUAUGAACUAUGAUUCAGAUGGAGUACAGUAUAGCUUCCCAAUACUAGUCAUGAGUUCCAAACUCUGGGUCUCACACACGUACACAUGCAUGUUAUAGAAAAUUGGUUUUGUGGUUGAGUGAGUGAGGAAUAAAUAAGUCUGUCCUUUUCCCACUGAGAAGGAUAAAGAGACAGUAGCCAGCAGUGUUCCCUCUAACAGGGAUUCCAAGAUGUUGUUGACUACAACUCCCAGAAUCCCCAGCUGCAAUGGCUUUUGCUUGUGGAUUAUGGGAGUUGUAGUCAACAACAUCAGGGAAUCCCUGUUAGAGGGCACACUAGAAGUCAGUGUAAAAUUCUAACUCAACAGCACGUACAGAUGAACUGCUCUUUCAGUUUAACCAUGAGACUCUCGGGGAAGCAGACACGUUUGCUUUUAGUUUUGAGUCAAGCAGCUGUUUAAUGUGGACAUUUCCCCAAGAAGAGUUGCCAGUUCUGUGUUAACCAGCUUGCAGAAAUUGUUAGGUUACAAGAAAGCUGAGAUGGCAAAUACUGAUGCUAAUCACAACUUUGUGUACUUUUACCAUCUUGAUGUGUCUCUAAAAGCCUCUGAAAAAGUAAAAUAGCAUGGCUAGGCAAAGUAAAUAGAGCCAAUGAGAACGUGUAUCAUUUUGCUCUCAAACUGGAAGAGGGGGAUAAAGGGGGUAAAGGACUGGGUUAAGGGAUUUUUGUUGGAUUAAAUGUCUUGACCAGUAAGGAACAACUACAAUGCAAAUUGAUUCAGUAAAAAAAUGAUCAUACUUCAUACAUAAAUGAUGAAGCAUACUUCCUGCAAUAUAUAAUUAGUUAUUACUGAGAUUAAGAAUAACAAUGCCAUUAUUCUACCAAAGAAACCACAUGGUUCUGUGGUUGCCAGGAGUCGACACCGACUCGAUGGCACAAUUUUACUUUUAUACAAACUCAAAACAGAAAGCUAUAGGAAGUUGAAAACUUGAGAACUCUAGCUCUUCCUGGACACUGUAUGUGGGAUGGUCAGCUAUCUUUACCAAACAAACCACUGAGAUGUAUAGUUCCUGUUGUUUGGCUAUGUGCAGGCCAUGCUGUCGUUGCUUAUAGAUGGAGGUGCACAUCCUUAUCCCUUAACCAUGGAUAUGGGAACAGGCUGAUAGGCCAUGUAGCUAUGUACUUCCUCUGAGGAGUGAAUUUCAUAGCUGUUCUGGUAGCCUUAAUCAUCACUAAGGGUUAUAUAGACACUGAUAUUUACUGUGAUUAAUGCUAAUUCAUGUUGCCGUUCACCAAGUUUUUACAACUGGUUUCAAACCCUGGUUUCACUUUCUGUCUAAGUGCCAGCCAUGCUUAAGACCAAAGGCUCACAUACUGUGCAAAGUGCUGUGCACAUUGUAACAGAAUGUGCAUGUAGCUGUGCAAGUGUGCUCUUUGCGCAAAUGCAAAAACAGUAAAAGUUGAGUUGUGCAGUGGACAGGCGCUGUGCAUCACCCAACUGCAUUUCCACAGAGUGCUUUUGCAUAACUUCACACAUUCUGUCACAACACACACGGAACUUUGUGUAGUAUGUGAGCCAGUGCCAACUCAUCAAUUGAGUCUGUGCUGGGAUAACCCUUAGCAAUGGUUCAAGGGAGUGAGAGGAAAUCGUGUGCUAGUGGGGAGGGAGCAUGCAAGCCAUCCAUAGCUAGCCCUAAUUCCUCCUCGUGAUUAAGUCCGCACCAGCCAAGUUCAAGGGAAACAUCCUUUCCCGCAUUUCUUGUGGAAAUACUUCUAAUGUUAAUUCUACUGCUAAAUAGUUCCAUAGAUAGAAUUAUUUAAGAUGAGCAGAUUUGACAUUUGAGGCCAUCCACUAUCUGGAAAAAAGCUUUACUACUCCACCAGGUGUUUUUGUUUGUUUUGUUUGUUUGUUUAUUUGUUUGAUAGACCACUAAAAAAAAUUUGCUUCCUCAUUAAGUGUUUUAGACUAACUACAAUUAAAAUGCUAAAUAAAGUAAAUGACUCCUUGGUUACUAUCACACAGGAUGCAUCUGAACAUGCAGUUCAACAAACCACUAUCCAUAUCUUCUGAAACAGGAACAGAGACAAGAUAGUGCAGCCCAAUAUCGGUUGUUCUUACACUAUCUGAAAAUAGAAAUAUUAUACUCAUACAGAUACACAGGUCUCAUGUGACUACAAAGAGUGGGCCAACCAUUUUAUGCUAUUCAUACCAAAAUAAAGUUGUCCGAGGUGGUGUUUUAUGUUUUAGUUUUUGUUUUUUUGAAGUGCAAUAUUUAUUUAUUUGGCUUUAACAAGACACAUUUUGUUUCUUGUACACAGCACUGAUGUGUUUAAGUAGGAGAAACUAAAAGGGGCACUAUCUUUUUCGCAUCCUAUUUAAAUCUUGUACGAUUUUGCACAGGUGUGCUUGUAUUGUACUGUAUAGCAUCACAUACUUGAUUUCUGGAAAUAAACAAUUUGUUUCAGAGUC